AUACAUUUAUUUAAUAUUUACUAUCAUGAUGGAGUUAUUUGCAACUACCGCUUUCCUAUUCUGCGCGGCGCUUUUUGCGUUCUUGCUUGCGAUUAAUCGCGUUCGGCUAUAUAACAAACUGAAAGAACCUAAUAAUAAUCUGUGUGCAACGGAAAACACGUGCUGCGGUGAAAUAAAAUUGCAAAAUGGCGAACUGCCGGCUGGAAAACUGCCGACGAGAAAACCGCCGGCGAGAAUGCCGACUGUCAUGCCGUCGGAUAAAAAGGCCAAAAAAGUAGUCCCACUAAGCGUGAAUUAUCAUUUCACGCGGAAAUGCAACUACAAGUGCGGAUUUUGUUUUCACACUGCGAAAACAUCGUUUGUGUUACCGCUUGACGAUGCGAAGAGAGGGCUAGAACUCUUGAAAAAUGCGGGCAUGAAGAAAAUCAACUUUUCCGGUGGUGAACCGUUCAUAGUGAAGAAGGGAGCAUUCGUCGGGGAGCUGGUUAAGUUCUGCAAACAGACGUUGGGCGUCGAGAGCGUCAGCAUCGUCAGUAACGGAAGUCUCGUCUCGGAGCGCUGGUUUGAGAAGUACGGUGAGUUUUUGGACAUUUUGGCUGUCUCGUGCGACAGCUUUGAUGCCGAUACAAAUGAGAAGAUCGGUCGACAGCAAGGACAGAAAAGUCAUCUGAUUAGCCUGCGAUCCGUGCGAAGACUGUGCGCUGAUUAUAAGGUGGCAUUCAAACUGAACACAGUUGUGAACACGCACAACAAGGAUGAGAACAUGGUGGAGGAAAUAAUGCAACUGAAUCCGUGCAGGUGGAAGGUAUUUCAGUGCCUCCUGAUAGACGGUGAAAACACCGGUCCGGAUGCACUAAGACGGGCAGAAUCCUUUGUCAUCACCAAUGCUGAGUUUGACGAAUUUCUCCGAAGACACAAGGAUGUCGAAUACCUGGUGCCAGAAUCUAACGAAAAGAUGCAGAAAUCGUACCUGAUCCUUGACGAAUAUAUGCGGUUUUUGGACUGCACGAAGGGUGCAAAAGAACACUCGAGAUCUGUUCUGGACGUAGGCGUGGAGAAUGCGCUCAAUUUCAGCGGCUUCGACGAGAAAAUGUUCUUCAAGAGGGGAGGCAAAUACGUCUGGAGUAAAGCCGAUAUGCAGCUGGAUUGGUAGCCUCCCUUUUAGAGAAAACAAUUACCUUGGCAAAUUUUAGUGUUUUGUUUUAAUGUGAUAUUGGAUAUAUAUGAGCAUUUCGGCAGCUAAAACAUUAUUUUUUGACCGGAUAAGGCGUGUUGAUAAGGCCCAGAAAUUUUAAUUGAAAGGAAACGCGGGACUAAAGUCUUAUAUCAGGUUUCAGAGGUAUUCAUGGGCAUUACAUAAUAACAUACACGCACAGGAUUUCAAAUGUUUGAUAAUCAAAAACAUACAUUAUAUAACGACUUAACACGAAAAGCAGAGAAGUUAUGUUUAGUUGGGAACGAAUAUUCCAAUAUUAGAAAACAAACAGAAUAUUUGAAUCCAAAAUUUCGAUUU